AUAAAUAAGAAUCCGGAAGGUAAAACCGGAAACCUGAAGAGCAACGUGGGCCUUAUCUUCUUCUUCUUUCAUCUCUGAGCUCUCACACACAUACACACUCGUCGAUUUCAGAAUUUCAGUGCGAUCUGUAGAAACCUUAUGAUCGAAACCAACAUGCUUCUUCACACUGUAUCUUCAUCUUCUCCUCCCCUUCAUUCUCAGAUCCUCCCUUCACUCAAGCUCUCGCCCAGAAGGAUUUCUCUUCAGAUACAUGGAAGGACUUUACCCAUUCCAUCGUUUCAUGGCUUAAACUUGCCUGCAGAACUUGCUGCUAGAGGUUUACCGGUUUUGAACAAAGCUUCCUUGAAGAAGAAGAUACCAAUAAAGGGAUCAACUUUCUUGUUGGGCCAGAGCUUGUUGAUCAUGUCUGCUAACCCUCAGCUAGCAGCAGCAGCAGAAACCUUGAAGCCAGAACCCAUUUACGAAGUUGGAGAGUUGUUUGAACUAAGCAUCCAGCUUUCUUACUUGUUGUUACUACUUGGUUUGCUCGGUGUUGGUACUUUCUAUGUGAUCCGUCAAGUACUUGUCCGCAGAGAGCUUGACCUCUCCGCCAAAGAAUUACAGGAACAAGUUAGGAGCGGGGAUGCAAGUGCAACAGAGCUCUUUGAGCUAGGUGCAGUGAUGCUGAGACGGAAAUUCUAUCCUGCAGCCAACAAGUUCUUGCUUCAAGCCAUCCAGAAAUGGGACGGUGAUGAUCAAGAUCUUGCUCAGGUCUAUAACGCUCUUGGAGUGAGUUAUGUUCGAGAGGAGAAACUGGACAAAGGAAUCGCUCAGUUCGAAAUGGCGGUGAAGCUGCAACCUGGUUAUGUUACGGCUUGGAACAACCUUGGAGAUGCUUAUGAGCAGAAGAAAGAGCUGCCUUUGGCGUUGAAAGCUUUUGAAGAGGCCUUGUUGUUUGAUCCCAACAAUAAGGUGGCUCGGCCUCGACGAGAUGCCUUGAAGGAUCGUGUCAAGCUCUAUAAAGGCGUUGUGGCAGUUAAGUCUAAGAAACGGUGACGAGGAGAGUUAACACAAGGGCUCGAACCAAGAACCAUUCUUCUCCUCUCUGUUUAUUUUCUUGUGUUUUUGUAAGGAGAUUUUACGUUAAUAUGAAAAUGAAACUUGUUUUCUUGU